AUGGAGGCUCUCUCCGGCACCCGUGCAUCCUUUGCAGGAGCCACGCAUGCCUUCACCGCGCGCAAGCUCCCCGGUACUUGUCGCCGGAUCAGCCUGCAGGUUCGGAACGCGGGUACCAGGGAGAUCAGGGACCGCAUCUCUUCCGUGAAGAACACCCAGAAGAUCACGGAGGCCAUGAAGCUGGUGGCGGCAGCUAAAGUGCGGCGAGCGCAGGACGCUGUGGUGCGGGGCCGGCCCUUUGCGGAGAAUCUCGUCAAGGUGCUGUAUGGAGUCAAUCAGCGCCUGCGCGUGGAGGACAUCGACUCCCCCCUGGUCGAGAACCGGCCUGUGAAGACGGUCCUGCUCCUCUGCGUCACGGGCGACCGUGGGCUGUGCGGCGGGUACAACGCCAUCGUCAUCAAGAAAACCGAGGCUCGGUACAACGAGCUGACCAAGCUGGGGGUGAAGGUGCGGCUGCUCCUCAUCGGGAAGAAAGGUUCCGCCGCCUUCAAGCGUCGGCCCAACUACAAGAAUGCCAUCGGCAAUGUGUACGACAUGGGCCAGGCUCCCUCCGUCAAGGAGGCCCAGGUGGUGGCCGACGAGAUCUUCAGCGACUUUGUGUCGCAGGAGGUGGACAAGGUGGAGAUCAUCUACACAAAGUUCGUGUCGCUCAUCGCAUCGGAGCCUGUGGUCCAGACGCUGCUCCCGCUGUCCCCCAUCGGCGAGGUAUGCGACGUGGAUGGCAACUGCGUGGACGCCGCGGAGGACGAGGUCUUCAAGCUGACCACGCGGGAGGGGCAGCUGGUGGUGGAGUCUGAGAAGACGGCCAAGGCGGACCCCAGCGACUUUGAGGCCGGCCUCAUCUUCGAGCAGGACCCGGUGCAGAUCGUGGACGCGCUGCUGCCGCUGUACCUCAACUCCACGCUGCUGCGCAGCCUGCAGGAGGCCCUGGCCUCGGAGCUGGCGGCGCGCAUGAAUGCCAUGAGCUCCGCCUCGGACAACGCGGCGGAGCUGCGCAAGGGGCUCAACCAGGUGUACAACCGCAAGCGCCAGGCCAAGAUCACGACCGAGCUGAGCGAGAUCGUGGCCGGCGCGAGCUCGGUGUGA